AUUUGACAACUUUCACUCGUUCACACAUUCUGUCACUCGCUUCAUCACUCACCUCAACAAUGCAAACUUUCAAGUCCCUCAUCCCCUUCCUCUUGACUGCCAGUCUGGCAGUCAACGCAGAAACAACUUCCUGCGUUACCUCAACCAAGACCUUUCCCACCAUCACCUCCAUCAUAGUCGAGCCGACCAGUACUUGGUCCGGCAACGGCACAGGUGGUCCUUAUACCGUGUAUACAACUGAGUAUCACGAGUUCUGCUCCACGGGUCUGCGUCUGCAUACGUACACCAUCACUGAGGGUUGCCACAAGGAAAAGUGUCAGCCUCGCACGACUGGUGUUCCGCCUGGUUUUACCUCAACUGUUACUGUUUGUAACUCUUGUGGUGAGAAGCCUAUCACUGCGACGCUCACUGUCCCGUGCCCUGAGGCGACUCCUACCAAGGGCCCUGGCAAGUCUCCGAAGCCGCAGCCCGAGCACUGUGAGACAUGCCAUGAUCAGGGCAAACCGUCUGGCAAGCCUCCAGUUCAGCCACAACCUGUUUCAUCUGCCCCUGCUGUGAAGCCAGUCCCUACGGGCCCUCAGCCAGAAAAAUGCACCACGUGCGGCGGUCCCAAACCUCCAUCUCCUGCUCCUCCUCAGCCCCCCAAAACAACCAACAAACCGGGUGAGGGCAAGCCAGAGAACCCCAAUUUCCCUGCAGGACAGCAGUCUCAACCCUCUGUUCAGCCCAACCCUCCUGCUGCAUGCACGACUUGUGGUUCUGGAGGGGAAGCUCCUAAACCCCCUGCAUCUCUGGCAACUUCUAUCAUACCCAACCCCUCAGGAGAGAAUCCUGUUCCUAGCCCUACCAGUGGUCCUGCUCCAGGAGAACCAUCUGCCAUCACUGCUGGCGCCACUAAAGCCUCUUACGUUGAGUUGGGUCUUCUUGGAUUCUUUGGAUUUGGAUUCAUUCUAUUCGGGAUUCCUUUCUAGAUCAUCUUAGUAUACCUUGACUGGUUGAGUUAUGUUGUCUAAAGUGUGAAGGUGGAGGUAGCUUUAGUUACUGCUGUUAGGUUCGGGAACAUGCUUCUGACUGCAUGUGCUUAGUUCCGAGCUUGGCUACUUGAUCUAAGGACUUAAUAAUUUCCCUUCUUGUACAUAGUGGCAUGGUAGCUUUGUAGUUAAAUCAUCGAAUCGAAAGGACUUUUUCAA